AGCUAGGUAGGAGACACUGUCUUUAUGUAUAUUAAAAGGCAGCCUCACAAUGUAUAAAUAAAAUUUACCUAUAGAAAUGACACUUAGUUAAAAAUAUUUACCUUGCGUAGUACAUUUUUGACCAUGGCUUUAAAAUUGUUCUGUAAGUCAAAGGAUUUUUGUUGUUAUACAGUGGUAACAGUUGAGCUCCAGGUCUCACUGGGGUAGGCAAGUGCUUUACUAAUGGGCUGUUCUUGCAACCCCAAAGUACCUGGCUUGUACUUUUAUCUACUUUCCACUUUCUGGUGAGAUGACUUGAAAUGAGAAUAGCAUAUGAAAGCAUUUUUGUCUACCAGGUGCCACGAACAGAACUAAAUUUUCUUGUGCUUUUUUGUUCUAAUUCUGAUCAGAGCCAGUAUGAAGGGAGUGUCAAAACUUCCUGAAACAAGAGAAAUGGUAUUUAUCAGGUGGGCAGGGACCUGGUCCCUUCUUAUAGAGGUGGAGUUCUAGUUACACAUUUGUUCUGUCUCUUAUGCUUCUUCUUGCUGUGCAUGUCUCAUUAUAAUCUCAUUGUAGACUCCACCUUAGGGUGUGAUAUUUCACUAUUAUAAUUAGGUUGAAGUUACUGUAGUAUGCCUUAGUAACUAUUCUGUCAAGUGUGUGCCAUUCACCACCAGAGAAUACCCCUAAUUUUGUUUAAGAGCAAGCUAACUAAAUAGCAAAGUAUAUUUGAUUGAUGACAAACUGUUCCUGUCUAACAGAGAGGUUAAGCUACUUUAAAGCCGCUGUUGGAUUAAUAAUUUUCUUGUUUUUCUUUACUUUUCUUAGUCUUCUAUUUCCUGGCAGGUUUGUAGAUUCCUUUUUCAUUUCUUUGGCUCCCUUCAUUUAAUGACCACCCUACACUUUAGAAGCUAUACUAUCCGAGCUGGACAAAUACCUUUUGGGCGAUGGGGAACUUCUCAUAACAGAAAGUUUCUUUGAUUCUCUACCACUAGCAUUUUAGUCUAAUUUUGGUCUUAACUGAUCCUCUUCUAACACUUCAUAGGGUAGUGGGAUCUGCCGUGUUUCAGAUGCUUAGAGAAGACAUUUUCCAUUUUUCAGAUGAAGGAAGUAAUCAUCUCCUUCUCCCCUCAUUGGAAUUGCACUCUGAAGAUUGAGCAGUUAGGAUGCCAUCCCUUGUUGGUUGUUGCUUAAUUUAUUGUUUCAUUGUUUUGAUCAUUUGGUGGCUGUGCUUUACUUCUUAGACAAAUAAAUAAACAUCUUACACUUUGACCUUUCAUGAAAGUUGGAAAAUAUAGCCAAUUCAAAAUAAAUAACUUGAAGGCACACUCAGCAUCCAGACGAGAAUUAAGCUUAUGGUGUUGAGCUGUCUGUUCCCUGUGUCAGCAUUUUAUGCCUUAUGACAAGAAUUAUUGUGAACAGAAAAAAGGUGGUUUAUAAUGUAGGAAAAACAGACAUUGGCUUUAUUCAGAUACACUUCAGUCUGUUAAAGGAAACCAACAGUCAGUGGAAGACUAGCUUAUGAGGACGCAGAAACUGCAUCAGUCCAUUCAAGAUGGGAACAACAAGUGAUGAGAUGGUGUCAGUGGAACAGACCUCCUCCUCCUCCUCCUCUUCUUCCCUAAAUCCCCUGUGCUUUGAGUGUGGCCAACAGCACUGGACCAGAGAAAACCACUUGUACAAUUACCAGGAUGAAGUGGAUGAUGACCUUGUCUGCCAUAUUUGCCUCCAGCCUCUGCUGCAGCCACUCGAUACACCCUGUGGACACACAUUCUGCUACAAGUGCCUCAAAAACUUUUUACAAGAGAAAGAUUUCUGUCCGUUAGACCGGAAGAGACUUCAUUUCAAGUUGUGUAAGAAGUCUAGCAUUCUGGUUCAUAAACUUCUAGACAAGUUGUUAGUUUUAUGUCCAUUUCCUUCAGUGUGCCAAGAUGUAAUGCAACGCUGUGAUCUGGAGGCACAUCUUAAAAACAGGUGUCCUGGAGCUUCUUAUCGGAGAGCUGCCCUGGAAAGAAGGAAAACUAGUAAAACUCAGACUGACAGUGAGAAUGAAAAUGUAUCCACCAUAAUAGAUCCUCCAGGUUCUACGUCCCUAGAAACAGAUUGCUCGGGGCCAGGAACAGGCACGGGACCUGCCGAGCGGAACUCAACAUCCACAUCUCUUCCUGUGUGGACUGAGGAGCCAGGUCUGGACAACCCUGCCUUUGAGGAAAGCACCGGGGCUGACAGUAUGUGCAGUUCACCUCCUCCUGCUGCACAACAGCCACUCAGUUUACCAGAAGGAGAAAUUACCACAAUUGAAAUACACCGAUCCAAUCCAUACAUUCAAUUAGGAAUUAGCAUUGUGGGUGGCAAUGAAACACCACUGAUAAACAUUGUCAUCCAGGAAGUCUACCGAGAUGGGAUCAUUGCCAGAGAUGGGAGACUCCUCGCUGGAGACCAGAUUCUUCAGGUCAACAACUAUGAUAUCAGCAAUGUGUCCCAUAACUAUGCCAGAGCUGUCCUUUCCCAGCCCUGUACCACACUGCAUCUGACUGUGCUGCGGGAGAGGCGCUUUGGCAACCGGGCCUACAGCCAUUCUGAUGGCAGCACUGCAAGGGAAGAGGUUUUCCAGGUGGUUCUUCAUAAACGGGACUCUGCUGAACAGCUUGGCAUUAAAUUAGUCCGAAGGACAGAUGAGCCAGGUGUUUUUAUUCUUGAUCUACUAGAAGGGGGGCUGGCAGCCCAAGACGGCAGGCUCUGCAGCAACGACAGGGUGCUGGCCAUCAAUGGGCAUGACCUGAAGCAUGGGACUCCAGAACUUGCUGCCCAUAUUAUCCAGGCCAGUGGAGAGAGAGUGAGCUUAACUAUUGCUAGGCCAGUGAAGCCUCAGCCUAGCAACUCCACGCGGGAAGCAGGAACUCACAGUAGCAGCCAGCACCACCCACAGCCACCUUCUCACAGCAGACCAAGUUCACAUAAGGAUCUAACUCAGUGUGUUACAUGCCAAGAAAAACAUAUUACUAUAAAGAAGGAGCCACACGAGUCUCUUGGAAUGACCGUUGCUGGAGGCAGAGGAAGUAAGAGUGGUGAGCUACCCAUCUUCGUGACCAGCGUGCCACCUCAUGGCUGUCUCGCACGAGACGGCAGGAUCAAGAGAGGUGAUGUAUUGCUGAAUAUCAAUGGCAUUGAUUUGACCAAUCUAAGUCACAGUGAGGCUGUGGCCAUGCUGAAGGCCAGUGCUGCUUCCCCAGCCGUCGCCCUCAAAGCACUGGAGGUCCAGGUUGUUGAGGAGACAACUCAGACCUCAGAAGAGCAGCCAAGUGUUUUCAGUGAGAAUGAGUACGAUGCCAGCUGGUCUCCAUCGUGGGUCAUGUGGCUUGGGCUCCCAAGUGCCCUCCACAGCUGCCAUGAUAUAGUGCUACGAAGAAGUUAUUUGGGAAGCUGGGGCUUUAGUAUUGUUGGCGGAUAUGAAGAGAACCACACCAAUCAGCCUUUCUUCAUCAAAACCAUCGUUCUGGGAACUCCAGCUUACUACGAUGGAAGGUUAAAAUGUGGAGACAUGAUUGUAGCUGUAAAUGGUCUGUCAACUGUGGGCAUGAGCCACUCUGCCCUUGUUCCCAUGUUGAAGGAACAGAGGAACAAAGUCACUCUUACAGUCAUUUGUUGGCCUGGCAGUCUUGUAUAGCAUUUAUGAAACUGGUUUGCAGUCUUGUUUCUUCCAUUUUAGCUUUUUGAAAGAAAUCCCUUUGGUUUCAUUGUGUUUCUGCUUAUUAGGAACCCCUGGCAUAGCUGGUAGACAUGGGGUCAAAAACCACUGAAGUCAUUCUUUUAUGUUUAUUUAAAUAGUCUCCUAAAGUUAGCUACAUUUCUGUUAGCCCAAAAACAUCCUUCCACUAACCCUGGUGUGGUUGGUUACACUUUGAGAGUACCUACAGUAAUGAAUAAAACUGCUCAAACUGUGACCAAGCUAGUUGGGUUCUAAGUGGUGGCUCUUGGUUCUUAGUGACUACAUCAUAGAGUGAGUUAUAUAUCCUCCAAGACCUCUGUCACAGCACCCACUAGCAAUAGUGCUAACUGCCAUUGCCACAAACAACUCCUCGAAGGAAUACAUCUUAAGUUUAGAUGUAUCACGUUGCUCAUUUUUCAUUGGUGCCAACAUUUCAAAACUUUAUACUACUUAUAAAGUGGCUUUCUGUUUAUUUUACUUCUGCUAUAAUCUUUCAGUACUCAUAGAUGUUGAAGACAUAAAUCUGACACCACUAAAGAGGUUUUUUUCAAAGAAAAUAAUGUGCUGUUAUUAAAAUAGGAAGAAAAACAGAUGGUGUUACACAGGCACAGAGGAGCUUGGAGAUAAUUACAGCUUAGAGCUGGAGGGUAAAGCUGCAUUUACUGCAACAGUCCAAAACACAAGAUUCAUUUCCAAAGGAACGUUUUGCUACAUAGGAAUAUUCUGAAGGCAUUUUUUUGCUAAAAAUUAUUUCUAGAGUUUGUAUUAUAGUUAUCAGCAAUAUUGUCUGAAAAUGUUGUGAUUUAUGCAAUUAAAAUAGAUGAUAAAACCAUAAUGCUAUUAAGCCCCCAUUUAUCACAGCUAAGAAGAGGAACUUUUUUAUUUUAUUCAGAUAGGAACCUUUCUUGAAUAUUUUAGAAAACUUAGUUUCUAAAACUUUGUUUCUUAAGAAUUUGUUUCAAACAAGAGAUGGAAAAGCUAUUUUUUGUUUUGUUUUUUAACCUGAAAUAAGUUUUAAAUGUUAAUAUCUUUUAAUUCGCUCUUGGUCACAAGACUGUUCCAUAUUUUUUGAAAAGUUUUUUGAAAACCGUUCUUUAUUGAACAGAGUUGUCCUUUGGAGGGCACUUAAGGAAGUGAAUAAGAGAAAAAAAUGUUUUUACUGUAUUAAUAUUAUGCAUACUUGAAAAAGUUUCUUUUAGAAACCUAGUUCAGAAUCUGAGCUAAUUUACAAGUGACCUCUGUAAUAAUAAGUGGUAGUGAUAAUCAGAAUGUAUUUCAAAAUACUAUAUAGUAUGUCAUAAAAGCAUGACCACUUCAUUUUCCAACUUAGCAGCCAAGUUCCUGGAGUUUAUUAUAAAUCUGUAGCAUGUCUUCUGAUUAUUCCAGUUAGUUUCAUAAUGUUUUUUUUUAAACCUAAGUCCUUGGAAUAAAUAAGAACUGACAACAUUAAUUGCUUCUGACUUGUUCAUCCUUUUUGCUACACUGUACUAUUAGCAUGGAGCCAGGAUACAGUGAAUGUCCCAAACAGUAUAUUACUGUUACAUGGUGAUUGGCUUUUGAAAUAGUUUGAUACUGAAGUACUUUGAUAUUCUAAUUGAUAAAGGACAAGUUUUCUUCCUGCUCCCCAAAUAGAAUUUUGUAACCAACUUUGUUAUUUUUUUUAAAGCAGUUUGUAAGAAUGUGUCUUUUCUUCAGGGGAGUGACCAUCCAUCAACAAAUACUGUAACCAUUACUUUGUAAUAGAUAAAAUACUUACAUUGAACCUGAUGAUCUAGGUAUUUUGAAAGAAGAAUUUUUUUCAACAUUAUUUCUAUCAUGGAUGUCUUGGAAUCAACUCGAGCUAUAGCUUUAUGAGAAAAAGACUAUUCAGAAUGAUAUUUGGUGAUGGAAGCUUGUUCAUAAUUUAUUGUUACUGUUGAAAUAUUUGGAUUUUUCUCAUUUAAGCUCUUACAGUUAAAUAUUUUGAUUUGUUCUGUGCCUUCGGUUUAAAUUAUUUCAGGAUUUUCCAGAUGUAUUUAAAAAAUGCUGUGAUAAUCAUUCAGGAUGGAAAUAAAUGUCAUCCUCUCUGGAA